AUGAGUUCUGGACCAGCUUCUUGGGACGCAAUGACCUACAAACGGCCGAAGAAGUUAAAAGUACCUUGCGCGCGUGUGGAAAGCGACGGUGAAUGGUUUCAAAUUGAACGAGUUCUGGAAACAGUCUGUCUUGUGGGAAGUGAUAAAGGAUGGCAGUCACUGGUCCAGUGGAAACCGAAUUGGUCAAAACAGAUCCACACCCCAUCUGCACUGAAAGAUUUUUAUGGUCGCGCCACCGUUUUAGGAUGUGUGAAUGACGUUUUACGAUCUAGAGUUCGUCGAAGAAUUGAGUGGAAUCGGAAAGAGUUCAUGAGCUGCAAUUUCCGUAUUCGCGUCGAACAUCCAGAUGGAUCUGUCACAUCUGAGAUUCUGCCAUAUCCUGAUGUGAAGCGACGAUUCCCUGCCGCGUUGUUUGAAUACAUGGAAAAUAGAAUGCCUCCGCCUCGUGUACCAGAGAAGGACGAACCGAGACCUGACGGCUUACUUCCAGUCUAUAAUAAUAUCAAUAUUCCGCGUUGCUUGUAUUUGAACAAUAGCGUGGUUAAGAAGGAGCCAAAAGUUGAAGCCCAAGCGACUCCGGAUGCUCAGAAUACUUUGACAAAUGAUGUUGGGAAUGCAGCUGUUGUAAUACAAGAAGCAUCUCCUGGGGAUCUCCCCAAAAAAGACUCUAUUCAUAGGAAAAGUACUGGAAGUGUACCACUGAAGGAAGUAAAUGUCAGAGUGAGAGGAGGCAAGAAGCGAAGGUCUAGUCGUCGUUUUGGAAAAAGGAGCAGACUAUCUCAAAAUAGAGACAUAAAAUUCAACAAUAGCGCUGACGAGUCUUCGGCGUUCAGCGAGCAGGAGCCACCAUUCAACAAAAUCCCAGCUACUCCUGAAUCAGAACUGAACGACGCUCAGGUGAAAACAGUACCUCCUGGAAUUUCUCCAGCUUGUGCUAAAGAGUUCCUUAGAAAUGUUAGUAGAGCUCGUACUCCAGCAUCUGCUUUAUCUCAGAAAAAUGUGAAAUCAUUGGGCUCUUCUUCUAAGCGUCAUAGUGGGAAACACCGACGAGCGGCAAGUGCGGAUGAUGAUAUUGUCAUGCUUCAAGAAAUAACCCCGAACCGUAAAACCAGUAAGUCUCGCUCUUCAUUCUCCAACAACAGGUCAGCGCGCUCUAUUUCGACUCCCAGAUCGCUGAGAACGCGUUCUAGCUGGAAGAGCAGCCCUGGCGCUAAAGAAAAUUGUGAAAAUGUGAAUGCACUGAAGAAACUGCUAAAUAGUGACGCGAAAUCACUGCAUAAAUCGUCAAGUGUCAAACGUCCGCGGCGCUCAAGCAAUGAUGGAAAACCAUUUAGUUGCAAACGUUCUACGCCACUGCGCCCUCGAAAUUCACUGGACCACUACUUCAACUGUGUUGAUCGUAGAACCCGUGAGGUUCUUGGCAAUGCUGUCAAUCAGCAGAAUAUAAGUGCUAGGUGCUAA